GAGAGUAGUGUUGCGCCUGCAAUCAUUCGAUUUUCCGAAUAGAUUUUUACAAAAGUGAAAAGAAGUCAUUCGCGAAUUUCCCGGGACCGUUCGACUCAUUUCCAACAAGUGUGCAUCAUGUCUACCGAAAAGGAAAACAUUUUUGUCUUUGUGCCGAAUCUGAUAGGGUAUGGCCGGAUCGUGCUGGCGCUAGUUUCGUUCUACUACAUGCCCACCAACUACGUGAUCGCCGGGUGGUGCUACAUCGUAAGCGUCGUGCUGGAUGCCCUCGAUGGGCACGCAGCGAGACACUUCAAUCAAUCUACAAAGUUUGGAGCCAUGCUCGAUCAGCUGACCGAUCGCUGCGGAACGAUGGGACUUCUGGUGACGCUAAGUUUCUUCUACCCGCAGUACAUGUUCUGGUUCCAGCUGUCGAUGGCUAUCGAUGUCGCUUGCCAUUGGUUCUACCUGCAUACGACUGUCCUGCAGGGUAAAACGUCGCACAAAUUUAUUGACAUGUCUGGUAAUCCGAUCAUGCGCGUCUACUACACCAACCGGACCGUGCUGGGCUUUAUGUGCUUGUUCAACGAACUGUUCUAUGCUGCCCUGUACCUGUUGCACUUCACUCCGGGACCGAUGAUCCUCGGCAUGUCGUCGUUCAAGAUGUUGGCCAUCUUCUCGGCACCGGUGGCCAUCGUCAAGACGAUCAUUUCGGUUAUCCAUGGGUACGUUGCCAGCAUGAACAUUGGCGUGAUUGACGUGGCCGAACGCGAGGCCCAACGGGAACGGGAAGCUGCCAAAAAGCCACAAUAAGCUGUGCCCGUUCGAUCCCGGUGUGCCUGUCCAGUGGACUUGGUUUGUAUUAUGGCUACACGUCCCUUCCCGUUUCCUUGCGUCUUCUUGCCGGGUGUAGAGAAGGGGAAGUCAGAUUUCUUCAUGAGUGUCAAUCCAUCGCGCGUAACUGAACAAUCCAACAGCAUUCGUUCGUAGUUUUAAGUGGAAUUGGUCGUGAUCACGGACGUCUCCCCCGGACGGAUCACAGAUGCACGCGAAAGUCGAGAGAUAUUCAGAUUGAUCAUGAUUGUAAAAACAGGUACAUUAGUUUUUAGGUUAACUGUUAAACAGAAUGAUACCAAAAUGAAAGCUUAAAUUAUAUGACAAUGGAACUUAAAUUCGAAACAACGCAAACUAAAAGUCUCGCCAUAACGGUGUCAAAUAUUUCGUUUUUAUUACUUUUUUAAGAAUCUGACGGGGUGAAUUGACGAACGGCAGGAAAAGCUAAUCGUAUUUUAUAUUAAAAAAGAGGUGUACCGUAGCAAGAGAAAUAAUGCAAUCAGCUUUAUCAUUCCACACGUAGAAGGGAACCACCUCUCUGGUGAACUAGGAAAGUAAAAAUAUCCCGUGCAAUUCAUCCUUUACUGUAGUAAUAGUAUAUGGUUGUUUACUAACUAAGCGACUAACCCACAAACACACACAUACAACUAUAUAUUUAGAAAGAAGCAGAGAUUCGACAGAUCUACCUAUUUGUCGACAUAUACCUAAACGAGAAUGUCAGUGUACCAGCCUGAUCCAGCUGUAUGUGCUCAUGUCUGUUGGAAUAUAUAUCUUAAACAAGAUCAAAUUAGUAAAUUUCCCGAGCAAAUCGAUGUUACACUUAAAUUAUUUUCCUUUGUGUUUAGAAAAGUGUCUGUUUAGUAAUAAAAAAUCGUAA